CGACCACAGAGCUGCUCCACCAAAACCCAGCACCAUGAAGCUCCUCUCAGGCCUGCUUCUCUGCUCCUUGGUCCUGGGAGUCAGCGGCCAAGGCUGGUUCUCCUUCAUCGGUGAGGCUGUGAGAGGGGCAGGGGACAUGUGGAGAGCCUACACUGACAUGAGAGAAGCCAAUUACAUAAAUGCAGACAAGUACUUCCACGCUCGGGGCAACUAUGACGCUGCCCAAAGGGGCCCUGGGGGUGUCUGGGCUGCCAAGGUCAUCAGUGACGUCAGAGAGGACCUUCAGAGACUCAUGGGCCACGGAGCAGAGGACUCGAUGGACGACCAGGCUGCCAACGAAUGGGGCCGCAGUGGCAAAGACCCCAACCACUUUCGACCCAAGGGCCUACCCGACAAAUACUGAGCUCCCUACUCUGCUGCCCCUGAGGACUGACCCAGAGUACUGAGUUCCGUGUGCGUGAGCUGGUGGCGGGCAUACAACUGGUGUCUAAUAAAUGCGUAUAAGACUGAA